UUCAUUCCAACAGAUAGCAGAGGAGGGUGUGGACUACCCACUUGAUGGCCAGGCUCUCUUUCUCAAUUGUACUAUGCCUGCUCUUCAAAACUGCGAGCUUGUGACAGAUAUAUAAAAUUUGGUGCUCCUCCCCCUCUUCCACCUGGGAAAACAUGGCUCCUCUGCCUUUUUUCUGAUGCAUCUGUAUUUAAAACAAAAAGGAGCAAGAAGUCAACAGAAUGUAACAGUGGGCUGUCCUACAAUACAGUGCAAGACUCUGAUCUCCAAUCAAAAGCGAUGCUUGGCUGUGUCCACGCCACCAUACUUCUCCUGCACUCACACCCUGUUUUUAAAGCUCCACCUGGUUUUAUUGUCGCUAAAACGUGCAGAACCUUAAAGUUUCAGACGACACAAAACUCUAAUUGCCAUCCUCUCUCUGUAUCUCUCCCGUCGUGUGAGUGCAGGAAAAUGGCCGAGGCCAGUAUUUCAGUAGCUCAGGACGAGUUCAUCUGUCCAGUGUGUCUGGAUCUACUGAAGGAUCCAGUGACGAUACACUGUGGUCACAGUUUCUGUAAGGUGUGUAUUAAUGACUGCUGGGAUCAGGAUGACAAGAGCGGAGUGUAUCACUGUCCUCAGUGCAGAGACACUUUCACUCCAAAGCCUGUUCUAUGCAGAAACAACAUGCUGGCUGAAGUGGUGGAGAAACUGAAGAGGAAGACUGCUUCUUAUGCUCACUGUUACACCGGACCUGGUGAUGUGGAGUGUGAUUUCUGCACCGGGAGAAAACACAAAGCCGUCAAGUCCUGUCUGAUGUGUCUGGCCUCCUUUUGUGAAACUCAUCUCAAACCUCACUAUGAAAUUUCGUCGUGGAAAAAGCACAAAUUAGUCGAAGCUUCUGGAAAUCUCCAACAGAAGAUCUGCUCUGAGCAUGAUAAACUGCUUGAGAUCUACUGUUCUACUGAUCAAAGCUUCAUCUGUCUUUGGUGUACAAUGGAUAAACACAAAAGUCAUGAAACAGUCCCUGUUGCAUCAAGAAGAGCUGAAAAACAGAGCGAGUUAAAGGAGGAGCAGAUGAAAUCCCAGCAGAGAAUCCAGGAGAAGCAGCAUAAAGUGCAGGAGCUGAAACAGGCUGUGAACACUAUAAAGCGCAGUGCACAGACAGAAGUAGAGAACAGUGAGAGGAUCUUUAAUGAGAUGAUCAGCUCCAUGGAGAAAAGGCGCUCGGAGGUGACGGAGCUGAUCAGAGCUCAGGGGAAGGCUGAACUGAGUCGAGCUGAACGACUUCUGGAGCAACUGCAGCAGGAGAUCACUGAUCUUCAGAGGAGAGUCACUGAGCUGGAGCAGCUUUCACACACACAUGAUCACAUCCACUUCCUCCAGAGUUUCCAGUCGCUCUGUGUCUCUUCUGGAUGUGAGGACUCACCCAGCUUCACUGUCAAUCAACAUCUCUCAUUUGAUGGACUGAGGAAAUCUCUCUCUGAUCUGAAAAAGACACUCGAGGAAUUCUGCCCGGAGGAACUCAUCAAAAUCCCUGAACAUGCUGCAGCAGUUCAGAUGAAUUCACCCUCAGAACCAAAGAGCAGAGAAGAGUUUCUGCACUAUUUCUGUGAUCUGACUCUGGAUCCCAACACAGUACAUUAUGACCUCAUUCUGUCUGAGAAGAACAGAGCGGUGACGUACAGUGAGAGUGAGCAACCGUACUCUGACCAUCCAGAGAGAUUUGACUACUACAGGCAGGUGUUGAGUAAGGAGAGUGUGUGUGGACGCUGUUACUGGGAGGUGGAGUGGAGCAGUAAGGGAUAUGUUUUCAUAUCAGUCUCAUAUAAAGACAUCAGCAGGAAAGGACAUUGUGAGAGUGUGUUUGGAUGCAACAAUCAGUCCUGGAGUCUGCAGUGUUCUAUUUCUUCUCACUCUGUCUGGCACAACAACAUUCAGACUGCGCUCAGAGCUCCAUCAUCCUCCAGAAUAGGAGUGUAUGUGGAUCACAGUGCAGGAACUCUGUCCUUCUACAGCGUCUCUGACACGAUGAAGCUCCUCCACAGAGUCCACACUACGUUCACUCAGCCUCUAUAUGCUGGGUUCUGGCUCGAUUUGAGAUCAACUGUGAGAUUAUGCGAUCCAAAAUAAAUUAAUCCAUAUCAGAGAAUUAUUUUGUUUGUGAAUACUGCAUAUGUAUUAACUUGCUUGUGUAUGCUUAUUAUUAUUCAUACUUAAUUCAUGGAUUUACAAUCUAUCGCGAGCAGGACAGUCGUGAAGGGCGUUUCACUGCACCUUGUACUGUGUGUGGUUGUGUGUGAGUGACCAAUGAAAUUUGUUUUGAUUUGAUUUUGUUCAUAAAUGAGUAACAGAGUUGAAAGUAAGAUAAACAGAAGCUUUUCAUUAAGCCAGCCGCGCACUAGUGACGUUCAGACGUACGUUUCUAACACUUUAACACUGAGCACAUGUAAACUUCUGAAAGCAAUAAAGGAUCAUUUAAGCUUG